AUGCGCAUUCGGAAUCUGACAUCGGAAGUAUUUCGUUCAAGUGUCGUCGCGGAUUGGAGGUUAAAACGUUAGCAGGCAGUGAAAUAACAUUAGUGAGAAGAUGAGUGGUGACGGAAAUACCAACAAAGAGUUUAUGGAGCAGCUGCGGAUGCAGGAGCUCUAUGGCCAGAGAAAUGAGGAUGGCUCUGAUCCUUACACCUACGUCGACCCGGAGGACGGGACUGUUUACGACUGGGACCAUGAGAAGAAAGCCUGGUUCCCUAAAAUAACAGAGGACUUCAUCGCAGCCUACCAGGCCAACUAUGGUUUCACUCAGGAGGGAGCUCCAGAUACAAACAAUGCUGCAGUUAGCAGCACCGAGCCAGCAGCCCUCAAACCAGACAGCAAGCCUUCGGAAAAGCAGCAACCAGGAGAUGCAACCCAGAACCCAAACCCAGAGCAGCAUGAGACCCCAACUAAAGAAGCCAAGCAGAAAGGAGAGAAGAGGAAAGCAGAGCCAGGAUGGUUUGAUGUCGAUGACAAUAAAAACACAAACGUCUAUGUGUCAGGUCUGCCCCCUGACAUCAGCACCGAAGAGUUUGUUGAACUGAUGUCCAAGUGUGGCAUUGUGAUGCGGGACCCCAUCACAGAGGAGUACAAAGUAAAACUCUACAAGGAUAAAGAAGGGAAUCUGAAGGGAGAUGGCCUCUGCUGCUAUCUCAAGAAGGAGUCAGUGGAUUUGGCCAUGCGCCUGAUUGACGAGUCAGAGGUCAGAGGUUACAGACUCCAUGUGGAAGUGGCUCGGUUUGAGCUAAAGGGCCAGUAUGAUGCCAGUAAGAAGAAGAAGAAGAGCAAAGAUUACAAGAAGAGGCUGCAGCAGCAACAGAAACAGCUCGACUGGAGGCCAGAGAAGCAAGGAGAAUUAAGGAAGAGACAUGAAAAAGUUGUCAUCAUCAGGAACAUGUUCCAUCCCAGUGACUUUGAGGAAGACCCACUGGUGUUGAAUGAGUAUCGUGAUGAUCUGCGGACAGAGUGCGAGAAGUUUGGGGACGUCAAGAAGGUCAUCCUCUUUGAUAGACAUCCAGAUGGCGUGGCAUCAGUCGCGUUCAAAGAGCCUGAGCAAGCUGACGCGUGCAUUCAGUCAUUUAAUGGUCGCUGGUUUGGAGGAAGGCAGCUGUCUGCACAGCUUUGGGACGGAACGACAGACUAUCAGGUGGAAGAGACGUCACGAGAGCGAGAGGAACGUCUGAAGGGUUGGUCCACUUUCCUGGAUGGGGGCAACCAAGGCCAGGAGAACACCACCACCAAACCAGCAGAGACAGGCACGACCACAGAACCUUCAGAACCCCCCAACACCACGGAACCCGAACAGCAACCAGAAACAGAACCACAACCCUCACAGCAAGAGCAACAAGAACAGGACAUGGACUCUACAGACAGCAGCCUGGCAGGAAGUGACGAUGAGGAAGCUUAGACGCUGAACAUGCACAUCGUUUGUCCCCAUGGCAGCCAAGUGGGAGAAUUGUGUUUUAAGAUGAACUGCUGCAGAUCUCUGUCUUGGAGGGGGGAGGAGGAAGAGAAGGAGGAAUUUGGACAGUUUGAUCUGUUUUGUAAUGUAGAAAAAUAAAAUGAAGACUUUGUCUAUUUUCAUCA